CUGAAGUCGGAGCUGGUCGCCUCCCGGGCCCAGGGCCAGUGAGGAGGCCGGCGGGUGUGGGCGAGCGGCCCGCCGGGCGGGGAGCAGGCCCAGGGCCCGCGGGCGCCAUGGAGGGGGUGCUGUACAAGUGGACCAACUACCUGAGCGGUUGGCAGCCUCGAUGGUUCCUUCUCUGUGGGGGAAUAUUGUCCUAUUAUGAUUCUCCUGAAGAUGCUUGGAAAGGUUGCAAGGGGAGCAUCCAAAUGGCUGUCUGUGAAAUUCAAGUUCAUUCUGUAGAUAAUACUCGAAUGGACCUGAUAAUCCCUGGGGAACAGUAUUUCUACCUGAAGGCCAGAAGUGUGGCUGAGAGACAGCGGUGGCUGGUGGCCCUGGGGUCAGCCAAGGCUUGCUUGACAGACAGUAGGACCCAGAAGGAGAAAGAAUUUGCUGAAAACACUGAAAACUUGAAAACCAAAAUGUCGGAACUGAGACUCUACUGUGACCUCCUUGUUCAGCAAGUAGAUAAAACAAAAGAAGUCACUACAACUGGUGUUUCUAACUCUGAGGAAGGAAUUGAUGUGGGAACUCUACUCAAAUCAACUUGCAAUACUUUUCUAAAGACCUUGGAAGAAUGCAUGCAGAUUGCAAAUGCAGCUUUUACCUCGGAGCUGCUUUACCGGACCCCUCCAGCAUCACCACAGCUGGCUGUGGUCAAAUCCAGCAAGAUAAAACAACCUGUUGUUCCAGUUCAUAAUUCAUUGGAAAGGCAAAUGGAGUUGAACAGUUGUGGAAAUGGAUCUUUAAAUAUGGAGAUAAAUGGUGAUGAAGAAACCCUAAUGAAAAAUGAAAGUCCCUUGUAUUUGAAAUCUGCAGAGAUAGACAGCAGCCUAUCAAGCAAAGAAAAUACAGAGGAUAAUUUAACAGUACAAGGUAACAUAAUGAAGAGCAAUGAAGAGGAAAACCUGUGCAAUCAUGACAGUGACUUGGCACAGACUGGAUCAGACUCAAGUUUUUUGCCAGAAUCCCUCUGGGAAGAUGGCAAAGAAGUUAUCCCAACUUUCUUUAGUACUAUGAACACAAGCUUUAGUGACAUUGAACUUCUGGAAGAUAGUGGCAUUCCUACAGAAGCAUUCUUGGCAUCAUGUUAUGCUGUGGUUCCAGUAUUAGACAAACUUGGCCCUACAGUGUUUGCUCCUGUAAAAAUGGAUCUUGUUGGAAAUAUUAAGAAAGUAAAUCAGAAGUAUAUAACGAACAAGGAAGAGUUUACUACCCUCCAGAAGAUAGUGCUGCAUGAGGUAGAAGCUGAUGUAGCUCAGGUUAGGAACUCCGCUACUGAAGCCCUCUUGUGGCUGAAGAGAGGUCUCAAAUUUUUAAAAGGAUUUUUGACUGAAGUAAAAAAUGGGGAAAAGGAUAUACAGACAGCCCUGAAUAAUGCAUAUGGUAAAACCUUGCGGCAACACCAUGGCUGGGUAGUUCGAGGGGUUUUUGCGUUAGCUCUGAGGGCAGCUCCAUCCUACGAAGAUUUUGUGGCUGCACUCACCAUUAAAGAAGGUGACCACCAGAAGGAAGCAUUCAGUAUUGGGAUGCAGAGGGACCUCAGCCUUUACCUUCCUGCCAUGGAAAAGCAGCUGGCCAUUCUGGACACCUUGUACGAGGUUCAUGGGCUGGAGUCUGAUGAGGUGGUGUGACAGCUGCAGGACAGCGUCUUCUAACUUCAGGGAAUAAAGUUUGUUAAAAUGU